AUGUCUUGUUUUUUAUAUUAUUCUUAUAAUGGAACAAACGUGACAAGUUGUGAUGACUGUAUUUCACAACCAACCCUUGGUAAUGACAUCGAUUUUCCGUUUAUUGGGAGGUUCUCACCGAAAUUUGCCAUAGGGUUGACUAAAUAUAGUGAUCCAGGGCCAUAUUAUGUUUAUCUUAAUAUGCAUGUAAAUACUACGGGUUUAUCAUUCAAUGAUACCGCGCAAGAUUCAACAUUUAGAAUGAUCGCAUUUGAUGCAGAAAAGGAUUUAUUUUAUAGUAACUCAACAUCUCUAUUUGAAGAAUCUCUUUUCUAUUCAAAUAAAUAUUUACUGGCAAGAAAUUCUCAAUAUAUAUUGUUAUAUAAUAGAAAAAUCAGAAAAUCGAUAGACAAACAACAAGAAUUUUUAUCUAUUAUUGGUUUUCCAUCAAAAUACGAAGCACCAUUAAAUUAUAUUGAAUCAUAUAUAGAACCUUUAUCAAUGAUUCUAAACUCAUCUGUUCAACCAUAUUCAGUUGUAAGAGUUAAUCCACGAGAUUUCACUAUAACUGAGGAAGAAGAACAAAGACACAGCACAAUCAUAGGUGCAUUGGGAACUGUUAUUGCUUUUUACAGAGUUGAUUCAAUACAACCAUGGGGCGUCGUGCAUAAUUGUUGUGGAAUCAAAGAAAAAACUCAAAAAAAACUUUUAAAAGAUGUACAUCCGAUUAAUGCAGAUGAUUUGGAAAGCCUCAUACAAAGAGUUAAUGAUAUAGAAAAUUUUCACCAUUACCUUAGACAUAAUGUUAUUGACUCCUCAUUAUUUGUAUCUAUUCAACCUAUUCAACAAGAACAACAAGACAUGCGGAUAGUAAAUGAAACUAAGUCACAGAUGAUGUAA